AUGGAAAACGUAUAUACCAAACGUAAGGUGUCCGCAGCUAGUGCGUCUACGUGCCUAGUAUGCUUGAAGCCUACCACAACAGUCAUGUACAACAAAUCAGGUCAAGACUGGUUCUACUGCUGCGAUCUUCAUAUUCUUGACAACCCACAAUUUGCACAACCAAUAUACACCAGUCACUAUAAGGAGCGUCUCAAAAGAGUUAAUGAACUAGGAGCAAAACUUGGGUCCCAUUCAGCAACCCAUUCUGGAAAUUGGGAUUCCUGGAUUACCAACUUAUUCACCUCAGCCAAGGUAGCACCACCUGAAACGAAGUCCCAGCCCAACUCUGAAAAGCCACCAGCUGAUCCCGCCGAUGCCGAACCGAAGGAAACCCUCUCCCAGCUUAAACUGCAGUAUGAUAAGGAGCUUUCAGCAGUCGCAGACAUUAAAAAGAAUACUAGAACAUAUUCACUCAGCCAAGUAAUGUUCGAAAGUCGUCAGCAAAGAUUAAAACACCUCUCAAACGUCAAAGAACAAAACAGGAUGCACCAAGAAGCAUACUCAAAUACCGACCCCGAGGAUCUCCUCAAGAGAUACAACUUCCCAGAGCUCCCCAAACCCUGA